AAAAAUGAAAACACGGCAUCGACGCAUAGGGUAGAGAUCAGAGCGUCCAUCUUGGAGGCAGAGGCAGAGGCAGAGGCAGAGCAGAAUAGAAGAGCAGAGCAGCAAGCGACCACACCACACUCUCUCUUCGCCUCUCGAGGGAUCCGAUUGAAUCCAUUUAGAUUUUUAGGAAUGACAACGUCCGGUGGUGGAAGGUACAUGGCCUACUCACCCUCGCCCUCACCCUCCGCCCCUCACUCUCCCCACCUCUCCGGCCUCCGCUCUGCCUCCUCCGCCGCAGCAGCCGCCGCCGCCGCCCUCGUCGACCAAGAAAAAUAUCUGUCGGAGUUACUCGCAGAGCGUCACAAACUUACUCCUUUUAUGCCCGUGCUCCCUCAUAGCUAUCGCUUGUUAAGCCAAGAAAUAUUGCGUGUAACUACACUGUUGGGGAAUGCAUCAGUUUUAGGUCAAAGUGGGCUUGAACACGCUAGCCCCCUGGCUUCUGGAGGAAUAUUUUCAAAUGGAGGUGCCAAUGUGAAUGGAUGGGCAUCACGUUUCCAAUCAGAAAUACCGAGUUUACUACCACCUGCCUCGGCACAAAACUGGCUGAAUUCUCAUGGUAGCUCAUCUGGUCUUAUCGUUAAAAGAACCAUCAGAGUGGACAUCCCUGUUGAGAAAUAUCCUAAUUAUAAUUUCGUCGGGCGCCUCCUUGGUCCUAGAGGGAACUCUCUUAAGCGAGUGGAAGCAAAUACUGAGUGCCGUGUUCUGAUCAGAGGCCGUGGCAGCAUUAAGGAUCCAGCUAGGGAAGAAAUGAUGAGGGGGAAACCAGGGUAUGAGCAUUUGAAUGAGCCUCUCCAUAUUUUAGUUGAGGCAGAAUUGCCAGUGGAAAUAGUUGAUGCACGACUAAUGCAAGCACGGGAGAUACUUGAAGAUUUGCUGAAACCUAUGGAUGAAUCUCAGGAUUUCUACAAGAAGCAGCAGCUACGGGAGCUAGCAAUGCUUAAUGGUACACUUCGUGAGGAGGGUUCUCCAAUGUCUGGCUCAGUUUCCCCUUUCCAUAACAACCUUGGUAUGAAGAGGGCCAAGACUCGGGGGUAACGGACCCUCAUUCUAAGAGGGCUUUUGGAGCUUGUGUGUUAGUUUCUGCGAGUAAACAACAGUUCCCACACCGCAGGUGUUGCUGUCCCAGACAAUCCCUCCAACUGCCAUCGGGGCACUGGCACAUAAUUGCACCAUCAUGUUCCAGUUCUAACUUGUUUCUAUAUGAAGUGUUGUAUCUCUUCCUAUAGGGGGGGGCGCUUAAUGACUCGUAAGAAAGUACCAUAUUGAGUUAGGGGGUAUGCUUAUGUGUGUUGCGUCAGGCACUUUGGUCGGGCACAACCUCUCCAAAGCUGUCUUAUUAUUUAGGUUAUACUGUAAGCUUGUGAUGGUGAUGGGGUCUCUGGUGAGAGUUAUGGUAUGGUUGCGAACAAGUUGAGACAAACAAUGAUCUACCCUGUUGCAUGUUGUCUGGGCUGGAGUGUUUUGUAUUUAUCAGAGUGUAGUGCUUAGAUUUGGUGGAAA